CAGCGUUCUCUUCUUCGACGUCCCCCGGGAUCUUGAUCAUCGAUCAUCCCUUGGGGAAUGGAAAGGUGACGCCGACCUCCUUCCAGGCGAUAUGGAACCUAGUCACUCAGCAACAGCAACGAGCUCCAAGGAGUCGCCGAUCCUCGUUGACGAGGACAGAACGCCGACAAUGGACCAGCACACGACGAUGACGUCGUCGCCUACCCUCCCUCCUCGAUCGUCGUCGUCAUCCUCGUCUUCGUCUGCUCGUGCGGCUGCGACCACCUCGGCUACGGCCGCUUCACCCAAGAGGGCCAUUGUGCCUUUGCGGGAGCGCAUCCGGGGCGCCCUGGGAACCAAGCCGGACGAAGCAAGCUCACCAGCGCCCAAGGACACCUCCUCCAUCCAGGCCAGGCUGCAAUCGCUCGUCGAGACAGGGCCUCGUCCCCCUUCGCCCUCCUCGUCGCACUCGCCAUCGCCCUUGUCGUCGUCGUCGCAUCCUUCCCCCGCACGUUCUCCUUCCCAAUCCUCGCGCUCUCGCGGCCUAGCUACAGAAGAUCCUCGCCUGUCGACCAAGGCAGGAGGCGAGCGACCACGACGGCGCUCGCAUCGAACCUUAUCAAAUGGACUGCAGAUCGACACCGAGAACCUGCAUGCGCCCUCGGGCUCCACUUCCACUGCUGCAUCGUCUUCAUUGGGCCCAGAGUCUGUAGCUGGGAACAGAGACGAGAGAUCUGGAGCAGGUACGACUGACCACGGCGCACCCACGCCUCGCCCGCGUCGACCCAGGAGGCAUCACACGGCCGAUGUGCUUGGUGCGUCGCCGUCUGCAUCCAGAGAGGCAGACCGGUCCGGCCAUCAUCGAAGCCCGCUCAAUCUGCGAUCUCAUCACCACCAACACAAUCCUUUCGGUCGGCGGACAAACUCUCCCUCGUCGAGGCGCACAUCGGUGCCCUUGGAGAGACCCAGGGGCAGCCUUCCCGUCGCGCCGUCGUGGCACCCGCACGCACCCGACGAGCUGCGAGUCGAAUCGCCCAAGGACGCCGUCCUGCUUCCCUUUCUCUCCCUCUCUGCUGCUCACAACGAAGCGGCCACCGAGUCUGGCGAUCGAUUGUCGCCAAAGAGCACGCUGCCUCCCUUGCCGGCGUCGGCUCCCGUUGGCACCACUUCUCCAACGUCCGAGUCUGGACCGUCGAGCGCAGCAGCAGCAGCAGCAGCAGGCGAGAGUAUGCCCACGGGUGCCGAGACGCGGAGCAAAGUCAAGCCGCAGAGGCCGAACAUCAAGGUGCGAGUCAUCACCUGGAACCACGGGAGCAGCGUGCCAAAGGGAGAUCUCGAGGUUUUGCUUGGCAAGGUGGGCGAGUACAUUGCCCCCGACGAGGGCUGGGACAUCAGCGACGACGACGACGACGACGAAGAGGAGGACAAAGAGGGCGUUGCGGGAGACAGGAAGCAUCGAGGCAAGGGCGUGGCGGGCCAGGAGGAGGUGCCGAGGCAGGACCGCAUCCCGCCGCUUCCCUUUGACGAUGCCCACCCUUACCACAUUGUCGUCGUAGCUGGGCAGGAAUGCCCCUGGGGCGACGGCAAGCGCAUCGCAACCGGUGUCGGCCUCGCAGGUGAGCUGGGCGACUUGGGCCGCUCAAAGAGUAGGGCGGCCCAGCUUGCCAAGGAGAAGAAGGACGCCAGAGACAAGAUUGAGGAGAAGGAAAGGGAGAAGGAAAGGGAGAAGGAAAGGGAGAAGGAAAGGGAGAAGGAAAGGGAGAAGGAAAAGGAGAAGGAGAAGGGCAAGGAGGCAGACAAGGAUAAGGACAAAAAGGCAAAUGGCAGCAAGGGAGACGACAGUACAGAAUACCCCUUCCAUGCACCAGCCCUAGUCGAUGGCGGCCACAGUGUCCCUGGCACUCCCGGUCUCGGCGUCGCGCUCCCAUCUGCCGGUGGGCGUGCUCUCGGUGGAAGAGGAUGGAGCGACAUGUGCGAGGACUGGCUCUGUCGAGGCCCGAUCGCUCAAGCGACUGCAACCAAGGGCAUGGCAUCGGCCAGUUUCAUCACGUCGAGCCGAGGUGCCUCGCAUGCAGCCACGCCCGAGGAUGAUUCCUCUCCCAUGAUCUCGCGCGCAACGUCCCCAAGCGGCUUCGAUGGUAAGAAAAAGGCCAACGGUUUGCCUCUUCUCCAUCUGUCCAUUGAGCAAGAUGGCUCUGCUACGCCUCAACUGGCGCUUUCGCCCCUCUCUGCCUCUGUCGCCAAGGACGCUGGACCAGCGCUUUCGAGCCCGGUGGGAAGCGGGCCGGCGGAAAAGGCCGAAGCGAUGCGAAGCAAGAGACACACUCUCUCGGUACCGGCGUUGAGGCUGCCGAGAUCAGCUUCGUUUGUCUCGGUCGUGAACAAGUCAAAGGGCGACAGGCAAAUACCCUCGUCGCCGAUCGAAGGUGUAUCCGAUGCCGAAGACGCCGCACUCACCGAUGUCUCGAGGCCAGAGUCGCCCAUGCCGGGCCCGGUGGCAAGGCACGUCAACGGAGGAAGCCCUCUGCCAUCAGACCAAGAGGGCAUGCCGCCAGGCUCGGUGCCCGACUCUUACUUUCACCAGAGGCCUACGAAUCAACCCCAUCCACCGGGACAGCACCGACCUCGACCAGUACACAAGCUUGCGCUCCAUAUUCCUGGCCUUUCGGGUGCCCAUCACGUAUCUGUGCAGGCCGACGGCACCCCCCUGUCGCUCGGCGCCUAUGAGCUUGUGGCCAAGGAGCGAUGCUACAUGAUGUACCUUGCCAUCUAUGUAUGGCGAGGCUGCCUCGACCGAGUCAAGGGCACAAGCCACGGCACCGUCAAGUCCGGACUGCUCGCCGGACGUGUGGGCAACAAGGGAGCAGUGGGCAUCUCGAUGAAGCUGGGCCACACGCGGCUUCUCUUUGUCAAUGCUCACCUGGCCGCGCACGAUUUCAGAGUGGCCGAGCGCAUCGCAAAUGUGCACAAGAUCAAGAAGGAGCUCAAGGUCGAUACUUUUCUGCCGCCAGAAGAUGAGAGAAACAAGGACGAUGACUUGACGGCGUGCUUUGACCACGCAUUCUGGUUCGGCGAUCUCAACUUUCGCGUCGACAUUGACCGCCGGCACGCAGAUUGGCUCUUGAUGAACAAAGAGUACGACAAGGCCCUCAAAUUCGACCAGCUCAAGAGGAUCAUGGCCGAGGAGCCAGACGUCUUUCGCGGCUUCCAAGAGGCUCCCAUUCACUUUCCUCCUACGUUCAAGUACGACGUGCUCAAGACGAUCAAGAUCAAGAAAGAGGAGAAGCUGAUGCAGAAACGGCUUCGCGCGCCUACUUUGGCUUCAACCACGUCGUCCAACGGAAAGGACUCUCGGCAAAUACAAAUACGCGAAGGGUCGUCGGAGCAGCGCAAGACACCCUCGUCGGAGGCUUUCGUGUUGGGAAGCCCGAGCGGUGAACUUGUUCACAGCCCAGGACAGAACAAAAGACAUGCAAAGAAAGCCACAAGUAACAACGGAUCACCGAGCAAAAGGGGCAGUAAGAGGGCGACGACGCUGGAAAAGGACGACGACGCCAGCUCAAUCUCCUCCUCUAAUUGGGCAAACUCUUCAACAGGAGGCCUCACCGAUACCGAAGUUGAGAACCUGACUGCAUCGUCGGUCAACGGUGGAGCUUCGGGCUCUUCGUACGACGGAUGCUCUCCUGGUGGUCUUGGCGCGAGCUCGUCGAUGGAUGCUGUCGUGUCGAGCAACACUGCGGCUGCCGAAGGGCAUCGGAUGCAAGGGAAGAUGAUCAAGGCCAAGCGGAAGCUCUUCGGUAUUGUUCAGGCCGUCUCAGGGGCCGCAAGGGAGAGAGAAGAGAGGGGCGCAAGCCACAAUCAUCGACUUCACCAGGCAGUCGCAAGCGCGUUGGGCAGGGACGCCUCGGCUCUCUCAUUCUCGUCACAGCAGGAGCAAGGCAGCGGCCAUCAGCGGCAGCGAAGCGAGCCGAUUGCAAUCCCUGGUGCUUCGAGGGGUGUCUCGGUGAACGGCGAUCGAGAAGUUGGUGGUCAGUCAGUCUCGGCGUCUUCCUACGACAAUGUUCCAGCAUCCGCGUCCACCUCUCAGCUGGGACGCAGCGUGCUCCCCACUGACGAAAGCCAGAACUCCCAGCUUUCUCCGCCUAGAGACUCGCGUCAUCGAAGAAGCUCGAGUGCGGGAGCCUCCUCGCCUGUACAGUCUGAGAGUGCAACGAACAUCGUAGCUGCAGCCAUCGCCUCUGCAACAGGUUCGGGUGGCGCUUCGUCCUCGUCUAUCAAGUCCAAGAACGGCGGCGGAACCAGCCUCUCGGACAUGAUUAUCGAAUUCGAAAAGCAGCCUUACGAUACAAGCUCAAAGCAGAGAGUCCCGAGUUGGUGUGACCGCGUCUUGUGGCGAUCCAACGUCGCUGCAGCCGAAAGCGAGGAGCCGAAGGUGGAGCGCAUCGUCGAGGGCAUGUCGACCAAGGUCGGCACAGUGCUGAGGGAUGCCUUCUCUCGCGCUAGCGGAAAUAGUGUCGGGACCGGUUCUGACAACUUUGUCAACAAUCGGCAUCGCUCUCUCGUGGCUCCCAAGAGUGCCGCUGCCGGCACGACAGCAGGAGGCGCUUCAGGCUCAAGCCCGGGUGCAGCGGUAGGCCCCAGCGUGACAUUUGCUGAGGGGUUGGACGGCCGGCUGCGAUCGAACAAGAUCUCCAUGACUCAGACAAGCUCCCCGAAGAACGAAUCGCCGACAGCGCAGACGCCCGUAUCAGCCUCCUCCCCUGCCAAACGCUGGCGCUUCUCGAAGAGAAGAGAGGAUAAGUUCAAGCGAUCCAACACCACGCUGGACAGCCUAGGAGGGCCGGGUGGACUGUCCUCGACCAUCGAGGAUCCAGCGAAGUUCGGGUCUCGAGCCGGCGCUAUGCAAAAGGCCGUGAGCGCUGUAGACUUGCCCAGUCAGAUCAACGAGCGAAGGCGGUCAAUGUUGGCAGCCGAGCCAGACGCGCCUCUACCGGAGCGGCCAAAGGGACGGCCGACUAUCCGGCCUCGGAGGACGUCUUUACAGAAUCAGAGAAAGAAUGCCGUCACCUACCGUACCACCAGCACGGAGUCGGCUGCUUCGGCUCCGGCCGUGCCCUUGCAGGGAGACGGUGAUAAGCAGAUGAGAGCGGCCCCGCAUUUACGCUUGCCCAGCCUGCCGGUAUUCUCGGCCCUGACGGCGACCUCUUCUCCGGCCAGCACAGCCUCUCCUGCUGCUGAAGCAAGUGCUCAAUCGCCGCCAGGAAUGGCAAGAAGUGCCAGCUACAAGAAAGAUGAGAGCCGCAGACAUGCGAGCCAGGGCAGCACCACCAAUCAGGCGGCUCCCCACUCGAGCCCAGGUCCACGCAACUCAUGGUGGGCCGACCACCUGCCCAACUUCCUCACGAAUCCAGCGGCAAGCUUGGCAAACUUCACAUUCCGGUCUCGAAAGCAGGACAGCCUCCUUCUCUCUACUUCCGAGCACAAGGGAGACGAGGAGCUCAUUGGGCCAAAGAGAGGAGAGGUCCAGUGCCUCAUGUACAAGAGCCUCGAUGAUCGCGAGAUGCGGCUGCUGGAAGGCAGAAGCGAUCAUCGACCGGUCAUCUUCGUCGCAAGCAUUGGUGUGUGAAUGCUUGCUCAUAUGCCGCGUUCGGUCACCAUAUACCAUCCGAGUUGUUAUUCAUCCAAUCAUACCUUCUCUCACCCAUUGCUCAAUCAUGUUGCAAGAUGGCGG